GCUGGGCUUGUUCCACACUAUUUCAGUGCUGUCAGUGUUUUACCUAGCUGGCCGCAUACUUGGAUUUUCAUCACCAGCUUAUGAACUUUGUGUGGUUAAAAAAGAUGCAUUAUUUUCCUGCCGCAUUGUUAGCAUUCUUGAGCAUAUUAUGUCAAGUGUUUGGAGGGAAAGUGUUGGUGUUUCCAUUGGAUGGAAGCCACUGGGUGAACAUGAAGGUCCUAAUUGAGGAAUUGCAUACAAGAGGUCACAACGUGACCGUGCUUAGAGCCUCUAACAGCUGGUAUAUCAAGGAGGAAUCUCCUUUCUAUACCUCCAUCACUGUUUAUAAUAGCGGUGGAAUUGAAAAGGAGCAGUUUGAUGCAUUUACGAAACAUAUCCUGGUCAGCAGAAGAGAGAAACUGUCCUUUUGGAGCUACCUCUCUCUGGCUGCAGAGGUUGGAACAUUUUUUGAAGAGAUGCAUCGCAAUCAACUUGACUUAAUGGGGAAAAUCUUUGAAAAUAAAGACUUAAUGGCUUCACUCCAGACAGCAAAAUAUGACCUGUUUCUGACAGAUCCGGCUUUUGGAGGUGGAUGUUUUCUUGCGCUCCGUCUUGGUCUCCCUCUUGUGCUAAAUGUCCGUUGGACGAUGCAUGGAGAGGCACAUUACGAAAUAGCUCCUUCACCACUAUCGUAUGUUCCUUUACCAGGACUAGAGCUGACAGAUAAGAUGACGUUUGCUCAACGUGUACAGAACAUAAUGGGAUACAUAUUUUCAGUUUAUCACAAAACCAGAUAUAUCUCCUCACACUACCAGUCUUUCUGCAAGAAAUACUUUGGAUCAGAAAUUAAUUACAAAAACGUCCUUCGGGAUGCAGACAUCUGGCUCAUGAGAACUGACUUUACCUUUGAGUUUCCACGACCCACAAUGCCUAAUAUCAUCUAUAUGGGGGGCUUCCAGUGUAAACCUGCCAAGCCGCUUCCAGAUGAUCUUGAGGAGUUUGUGCAGAGCUCAGGAGAUCAUGGACUCAUUGUCAUGUCCCUAGGGACUAUUUUUAGCCAUCUUCCACAAGAUAUCACAGAGGAAAUUGCUGCCGCUUUUGCCAGAUUGCCCCAAAAAAUCAUUUGGAGACACACUGGACCUCGACCUGUCAAUAUAGGUGAUAAUACAUUACUUGUUGACUGGUUACCUCAGAAUGACCUGCUUGGACAUCCUCAGACUAAAGUGUUUAUAACACAUGGAGGCACAAAUAGCAUCCAAGAGGCCAUCUAUCAUGGGGUGCCCAUUUUGGGUUUACCUUUAGUAUUUGAUCAACCUGACAAUCUGUCUAGAAUGAAAGUUAGAGGCACAGCUAAACUUGUGGAUAUUGCAGAAUUGAACAGGACGAUGUUUCUACAGGCACUGGAGGAAGUGCUUUAUAACCCAUCUUACAAGGAGAACAUUCAGAGACUGUCCAAGCUGCACCACGACCAGCCAAUGAAACCUCUUGAUCGUGCCGUCUUCUGGAUCGAGUUUGUCAUGAGGAACAGAGGAGCUCCUCAUUUACGAACACAGUCUUUCAGAAUGUCCUGGAUCGAGUACAACUCUGUAGAUGUUAUUUUGACUCUGCUGGUGAUAGUUAUUUUGAUUUGUUUGAUGAUUUAUAAGAUCAUAAAAUGUAUGUGCUUAAAAGUAGUAUUUAAGAAGAAAAUUAAAGCCGAGUGAUCCCAGGAAUUUAAAGUUUAAAAAUAACACAUGCAACAUGUACAAACCUGAAAAUUUAUAUUUUUAUUUGUUCUUAUUUGUGCAAAUUGUAUCAACAAAAAAAAAAAUUAUGUGCACAAUAUGAGUGGAAAAAGAGUGAAAUAAACUUCUUUAUUAAACUUCUAA